AUAUUCCUCUGUAUCGAAAUCUUGAAAGCAUCUACUCUUUGUUCCUGAAUUUUGUCGGCGCGUUUCGUUGUACGAGGCGUUAAUUAAUCCAGAAAUAUCGAGAAAUAAUUCUCAAAGUCGCGUGUGAUAUCCUACAUCAAAAGCAUCAACAUGCAACCUCAAAUAAUUCUGUUGAAAGAGGGCACGGAUGCGACCCAAGGGAAGCAACAAGUGAUAUCCAACAUCAAUGCUUGUCAGAUCGUUGUUGAUGCUGUUAGGACUACUUUGGGUCCUCGCGGCAUGGAUAAACUUAUAGUCGAUCAAAAUGGAAAGAGCACAAUUUCAAACGAUGGCGCUACCAUCUUAAAGUUGUUAGAUAUCAUUCAUCCAGCUGCAAAGACGCUAGUGGAUAUUGCAAAAUCGCAAGAUGUAGAAGUGGGAGAUGGUACGACUAGCGUCGUUUUAUUAGCAGGAGAGUUUUUAAAACAAAUAAAACCAUUUAUAGAGGAGGGCGUACACCCGCGUAUAAUUAUUAAGGCUCUUCGCCGUGCACUUCAGAUAGCAGUAAACAAGAUUAACGAACUAAGCGUAAAAAUAGAUAAAAGUGAUAUAAGUAAACAGAUGGAGCUUCUGGAAGAGUGUGCAGCUACGUCUAUGAGUUCGAAAUUAAUACAUCAACAAAAGAAACAUUUUAGUCAGUUAGUCGUUAAAGCUGUCAUGAUGCUAGAUGAUUUGCUUCCUCUUAACUUGAUUGGUAUUAAAAAGGUAUCUGGAGGCGCGCUAGAAGAUUCGGAACUGAUCCAAGGAGUGGCUUUUAAAAAGACAUUCUCAUAUGCUGGAUUUGAGAUGCAACCGAAAAAAUAUGAUCAAUGCAAGAUUGCAUUGUUAAAUAUCGAAUUGGAAUUGAAAGCCGAACGGGAUAACGCGGAAGUGCGCGUGGAUAACGUGGCAGAAUAUCAGCGAAUUGUCGACGCGGAAUGGCAAAUUCUUUAUGAUAAACUUGAUCAGAUUCACAAGAGCGGCGCAAAAGUCGUGCUGUCUAUACUACCGAUUGGCGAUGUCGCGACACAAUAUUUCGCCGACAGAGACAUGUUCUGCGCCGGUAGAGUGCCCGAUGAAGAUCUCAAGAGAACAAUGAAGGCGUGCGGUGGAGCCAUUUUAACAACGGUGCAUGAUAUCAAGGAUUCUGAUCUUGGAACAUGCCAUGUCUUUGAGGAGAAGCAGAUUGGUGGCGAAAGGUUCAACAUCUUUUAUGAAUGUUCGCGAGCAAAAACGUGUACAUUCAUACUACGCGGAGGCGCGGAUCAAUUUUUGGAAGAAACGGAGAGAUCUCUCCACGACGCGAUCAUGGUUGUUAGACGCAUGGUGAAGAACGAUGCGGUAGUAGCAGGAGGUGGUGCUAUCGAGAUCGAACUCUCAAAGACCCUGCGCGAUUAUUCUCGCACAAUCGCUGGAAAGGAGCAGCUCUUAAUAGGAGCGAUAGCGAGAGCCCUGGAAAUUAUUCCGAGGCAACUCUGCGAUAACGCUGGAUUCGACGCGACGAAUAUCUUGAAUAAAUUACGACAAAAGCAUCAUAAAGGCUUGCAGUGGUACGGCGUCGAUAUCAAUACGGAGGAUAUUGCGGAUAAUAUGCAAUGUUGCGUCUGGGAGCCUGCAGUAGUGAAAAUCAACGCGUUGACUGCUGCCACGGAGGCUGCAUGCCUUAUUCUGUCUGUCGACGAAACUAUUAAAAACCCUAAGAGCAGUCAAGAUGGCCCACCAGCAGGACGCGGCAUGGGCAGACCGAUGUAAUCGGUCUGUCUGCUUAUCAUUUGACUUUUCAGGAAAAUGAAAUAAGAUAUUACGAGAUAAGAACAUAGCUUACCAACAUGAGCUUUUUGAUUGCAUCUUACAGCCUUGUCUCUCACAGUCUUUUGUAUAUGCUGUUAUUUAUAAUGAAUUGCAAUAACAUGAUUUCUCCUGUUUAAAAUAAAAGCUUGUAUUGUUCCUUAAAUAUGUAAAGAUAUAUAUAUAUGUAUAUCUAUGAGAGA